AUGGAUAUUUCGUUUUUCCUAGAGAAGUUGAGCAACUUGGUUGUGCAAGAAGCUUCUCUUUUCGGAGAAGUUGAAGCGCAAGUGAGGCUGCUGAGAAAUGAGCUGGAAUGGAUGCGCCUCGUCCUCGAAGAUGCAGAUGCAAGACGCAGCCAUGACAAAAGACUCAAGAUCUGGGUGAACCAGAUCAGGGACGCAGCUUAUGAUGCGGAGGAUGUCAUCGACGAGUUCAUGUUCAAGGUAGAGCACCAACGGCAGCAAAGACUCAACAAUGUCAAGUUCCUCCGAUUCUUGCCCACUUUCGUGAGCUUUGCUGACAAGUUAUCAUUUAUCCAUGAGCUUGAUGCUCGGAUAAGAGAUAUCAACAUCACAAUUGAGAAGAUUUUGGCUAAUAAAUCCAGGUACAACAUCCAAAGUCCAAGCCUUUCUGAAGCUAGCACUUCUUCUAAGGAAGUCGUGAUGCGGACAGAGAAAUGGCUUCCGAUCGACGAGGAGGUGGAUGUAGUGGGCAGGGAAGAUGACACGGUUGCAGUUUCGAAAAUGCUAGAUGGGGAAGAGAAGCAGAAACAAGUGGUGGCCAUCGUGGGGAUGGGUGGCCUUGGCAAAACGGCGCUUGCUAGGAAAGUAUUUUAUCUUGUUAAGCACCAAUUUGAUUGUGCUGCUUUGGUUUUUGUAUCUCAUGAGUCUGGAAUCCGGGAGCUUCUCCUCUGCAUAGCCAACGGUGUUAUGGUUGACCUCAGCACUGAAAAAAGAAAUGAAAUCAGUAAGAUGGUUGAGAAACAGUUAGGGACGGAAGUUUUUAAUUACCUCAAGGACAAAAGAUACUUGAUAGUGUUGGAUGAUGUGUGGAGCACCGAAGUUUGGGAUAGGUUGAAUUCAUAUUUUCCAGAACCAAAGAGGAGCUGCAGACUGCUGAUCACUACUCGCGACGAAGGAAUUGCUUCACAUGCUUAUUCAACGGCCCAUCGACUUCGUCCUUUGAAUGACAAAGAGAGUUGGAAGCUCUUUCUGAAGAGAACUUUUCAAGCUGAAAGUAAUGCAGAAUCAGUUGAAUUGUCCGAAGACUUAGAAGAUUUGGGAAGGAAUAUUACAGAAAAAUGCAAAGGCUUGCCUUUACCCAUUGUAGUACUGGGAGACCUUUUAUCAAGAAAAGCCAAGACUAAAUCUAUGUGGGGCAAAAUACUUCGAAACAUGGAGUGGCAACUAAGUCAAGGCCCUGAAUCUUGCCACGGAAUUCUGGCUUUGAGUUAUAUAAAUGACUUGCCUCAUUCCUUGAAGUUUUGCUUUCUCUAUUUCGGUACUUUUCCAAAAGACUUGGAAAUUGAGGCGAAAAAAUUGAUCCAACUGUGGAUUUCAGAGGGACUUGUGCAACCGACGGCACCGACGGGUGAAGUAACACUGGAAGAGGUUGCUGAAGAUCAUUUAGAUGUACUGAUUCGAAGAAACAUGAUUCAAGUGGUUAAAACAAGAUCAAAUGGAAGAGUAAAGUCUUGUCGCAUCCACGAUUUUCUUCAUGACCUUGCUAUUUCAAUAGCCCGAGAUUCCAAAUUUUUUGAGGUAAUCCGAAACAUCAACUUCACAUCCCCUAUCGGUGCUCGUCGACUUAUUGCUCAUGACUAUAAAAAUACUGAUCAGCGUUUGCAAAGUCUUCGCCUUCGAUCUUUGAUUUGUUCUCUCGAUUUCCAUGAGGUGAGUUUGAAAUCCUUUUUAGGAGCUAAAUUGCUUACAGUGUUGGACCUAACAAUAACGGGACACUACAGAAUGAAAGAACUAUCAGAGGAAGUUGGACAACUUAUCCACUUGAAAUAUUUUUCCAUAAGGGGUGCAACUCUUGUAAGAUUUCCAAGGUCCAUAGGCAGACUUGUUAACCUACAAAUCCUGGACUUAGAAACUAGUACAAUUCUCAGUAUUCCUUGUUCAAUUUGGAAGCUGCACCAACUAAGAUAUCUACACAGUGGCUAUAGUUGGAUCUCUAACCAGCCAAUGAUGCAAAGGUGCCUGAGUGGUCACUGGGGUGUUGAUCAACUGACCAAUCUCCAAACAUUACAUUUAAGAUCAGAUAGUUGGUUGGAGAGUUGCAGUCUAGAAAAAUUAACCCAACUCAGAGAACUGAACUUAUAUGAAGGAGUGAUCAAGAGUUCAUAUAAGUUGUCCUCACCCAGCUUAGUUAAGCUAAAAUUGGAAUAUUGUAAACUGGAGCAAGACCCGAUGUUGACUCUAGACAAGUUACCAAAUUUGAGGGUUCUUAAACUGAUUGUGUAUGAUUAUGUUGGAAAGCAAAUGACUUGUUCCUCGGAAGGGUUUCCUCAGCUCGAAUUUCUGAAGUUGGUUGGGUUGCCUGAACUAGAAGAGUUGCAAGUGAAGGAAGGAGCAAUGCCUGUCCUGAAAACUUUACAAAUUGCCAAAUGUCCUAAGAUGAAAAAGCUUCUUCCUGGCUUACAGCAAUUGAAAAGUCUUCAACAACUACAGCUCGAAGAUAUGGCCUCUGAAUUAAUUGAAGGAAUUCGAACCACAGAUGGAGAAGAAUUCGACAAGAUCCGUCUCAUCACCUCCAUAAUCGACCACUAG